CUUUGAUUCAGUCUCAAAAACCACAAGCUCAAAGUCAAUCUCUUCCCCCAUUUUGCCUCUCUUCUUCUUUAUCUUCAUUCUCUUCAUGUUCUUUGAUCUGUAACUCUGUUUUCUCUCAUGGAAACUUUACUUUCAAGACGUGCUUUUUCUUUCUUCCUUCUUUAUAUCUUCACUUUUUAUGAUCUCUCUUUAUCUUUCUCUCCAGUUGAUAAUUAUCUCGUCAACUGUGGCGCCUCCCUGGACUCCACCGUAGACAAUCGUCGCUUUGUCUCUGAUUCUUCCGAUUCUUCUAAUUCACAUCUCCUCUCUUCAGCUCAGACCUUCUCACUCUGUGCUGGAACUAUUCUUCUGGGUCUGCCUCAAAUCUAUCAUACGGCCAGGGUUUUCAAGGCACCGUCAAAAUACGUGUUCGAUGUCAAAGAUCCAGGGAUGCACAUGGUACGUCUCCAUUUGCACCAGUUCAGUUCAUCAAAAUUGAAUCUUGGUGACUCUCAAUUUCACGUUUUGGUUAAUGGAUUGGUAGCUUUGACCAAUUUUAGUGGUGGGAAUUUGGUGGGUCCUAAGGUUUUGGAAUAUUUGCUGUGGGUUAAUUCAAAAAAGCUUGAAGUUACUUUUGUUCCUGCUAAAAAAUCAAAAUUUGCUUUUGUUAAUGCAAUUGAAGUGAUAUCUGCACCUAAAGAUUUGAUUCUGGAAACUGCUCAGUCUGUGAAUGGUGAUAAAGUUGAGAAUUUCGAUGGUUUAAAUAAACAAGCAUUUGAAGUUGUGUACAGGGUAACUGUAGGAGGUCCUAAAGUUACUCCUUUUAACGAUUCUUUGUGGAGGACUUGGGUGCCUGAUGAUGAGUAUUUGAAAUCGAGUGAAGGAUCAACUAAGGUGUAUUUUGCUGGUAGGAUUAAGUACCAAGAUGGUGGGGCGAGUCGUGAAGUUGGUCCUGAUAAUGUUUAUGAUUCUGCUCGGUUGAUUCAAAGCAAGAAUGCUUCGAUUCCUAAAUUGAACCUUACUUGGGAGUUUCCGGUUAUUGAGGAUUAUAAGUAUCUUGUUCGGAUGCAUUUCUGUGAUAUCGCUAGUAUAGCCCUUGGAUUGUUGGUUUUCAAUGUUUAUGUCAAUGGGCAUUUGGCAUAUAAGGAUUUGGAUCUCUCGGCUGUUACAAAUUACUUGUUGGCUUCUCCAUUUUAUGCGGAUUUUGUGGUUGAUGCUGAUCAUUCAGGGGUGGUGACUGUAAGUGUUGGACCUUCAAACAAGAGCAUGGCAUACACGGUUGAUGCUAUCCUAAAUGGGGUGGAGAUCAUGAAGAUGAAUAAUUCUGUGGGUAGUCUCGAUGGUAAGCUGCCUGCAGAGUUGGUUUUGAAGUGUUGGCCGAGAAGAAGUGUUGGUAUUCUGCUUCCUUUGAUUGCUCUUGUGUGUUUACUGCUGAGCUUAUCAGCGAUUAUGCGUAGGAGGAAAGAUAAGGUGGACUCUGUGCCAUGGUCAAAAUUGCCUGUGGAUAUCCCUGAAAUUUCUCCAAAUCAAGGCAAACAGCAAUUGUCAAGUAAAGUAUAAAUAUUGUUAAGGAUCCACUGGCUCUGUGAUAUUCUAAUACAAGUAGCUAGAUGGGCAUACCACCAUACUAUUGGAGGCUAGUAGUUCCCACGUAUUAAUGGUUUGGUUUCUUUGAGUUUGAAUUUGAAGUCUGUGAAGAGCUUUGUUUCUGAUCAGAUUAUUGUCUGGUAAUCUGUAUGUAACCUGUAUUGACAUAAUAUAAUGUUAUUUUCAAUACCUAUUUUGCA